AUCUGUGCAGAAAUCAGCGUCCAGACUCAAUGCUACGGCUGCGAGUGGAUUACCAACCAUUACAGGAUUAUCAGCGGCGAAACUCUCACAAUGCUGCGGAAAAUGGAAGGACAGACUGUUCCAAUAACUGGACUAUUUCCAUACAGGCUUUACAAGGAAAUAGAGACAAGCACGGUUGCAGUCCAAGUGAGGUUUCUGGCUGAAGUUACAGAGCAGAUCGUCAAGCUCUUUGACAUCCCAGAGAAAUGGGAUACUCGGAAAUUAGAUGAUUUGCAAAACAUUCUCGCCAAUAAGCAGCUGAAAGGACUUAAACACUGUGCUGAAGCGUACCCAGCCACAGGAAGAAAACCCUCCGCACUCAGGAGACACUUCAGGAAGUUGAAGAGAAUUCUCAAAAAAGCAAACUACAGCCAUGACUCCUGGGUGCAAAUCAGGGCCGUGGUGAAGACUCACCUCGAGAGGAUGUACAUGAUCUACACAAGCGAGAGGAUGAACGCAAAGAUGAACGCCAAACAAAUGUGGCUGUGCCUUUUUCUCGUGUUUUGCAGCGUCCAGACUCAAUGCUACGGCUGCGACUGGAUUACCAACCAUUACAGGAUUAUCAGCGGCGAAACUCUCACAAUGCUGCGGAAAAUGGAAGGACAGACUGUUCCAAUAACUGGACUAUUUCCACACAGGCUCUACACAAGAAUAGAGAAAAGCACGGUUGCGGACCAAGUGAGGUUUUUGGCUGAGGUUACAGAGCAGAUCGUCAAGCUUUUUUACCAUGCAGAGAAAUGGGACACUCAGGAACUGGAUGAUUUGCAGAACAUUCUUGAAUCCCGACAACUGGUAGAACUUAAACACUGUGCUGAAGCUUACCCAGCCACAAGAAGAAGAUCAUCCAAACUCAAGAAACACUUCAGGGAGUUGAGGAAAACUCUCAAAAAUGCUAACUACAGCCAUUACUCCUGGGAGCGAAUCAGGGCCGUAGUGAAGACUCACCUCGAAAGGAUGGACAUAAUCGCUGACCAUUUGAGGAGAAACUUUCGGGGCUAACAACUAAAAGGGACAAAAUAAAAUGGAAUGUGAUCAAAGCCUGGGGAACAAAUAUGGACAAAUGUGAAAUGAAAAGUUAACUGUCCAAAAAAAUUAUAUAGAACAAAACAUGCUCUCUCUCUUUCUCUCUCUCUCUCUCUCUCUCUCUCUCUCUCUAUAUAUAUAUAUAUAUAUAUGUUAAUUUAUUUAUUUAUGCUAUUUUAGUUACUUGAAUGUGUCAGUGUUUAUUGUUAUUGUUGUUUUAUUUCUUGGUAUUGUAUGUAUGUAAUGUAUGACGUCUAAAAACACUAAGCUAGUAAGUGAUCAGUCAAUAUAAGUAUUUUUACGAUGAAUGAUUAUAUAUGAUUUUUUACAUUUUAUUUAUUUAUUUAAAAUAAUUUAUUUAUUUAAAAUAAUUUAUUUAUUUGACAUUAUUUAUUGUGUUGUUUAUUUAUGCUCAGAUUUUAACUUAAGCACUGUUUUGUUAUCUUAUGUUUUUCUACAAGUUUGUUGUAAUGGACCUCUGAUUCAUUUGAGAAGAAAAAAGAAUAAAAAUGCUUUUAUCAUGUUGAUAAAUUAAUAAAAAUGGA